AUGGCAACUACAAUGAUGAAACCUUUUCUUGCCUCCCUGUGUCUCCUGGGAUCUCUUCUGCAUGCAUUUACUCAAUGCACUGUCACAGCCACAGAGUUUCAGUUGGACGGAGAUUAUCUGAUUGGUGGACUUUUUGAUAUUCAUCAUGCCAGUGACCCCAUUCAACAUGACAAACCAGAAGCCAUCGAGUGCUCCACUCAGCUCUUCAUUCUGUCAAGUUAUCGGAGGUUUCAGUUAAUGAGAUUCUCCAUAGAGGAAAUCAAUAACUCUACCAACUUACUGCCAAAUGUUUCUCUCGGCUAUGAAAUAUUUGACCACUGCUCAGAUACACAGAAUUUCCCAGGAAUUCUGAAACUCAUGUCAGUCAAUGGCUUAAUCCAGCCUUGGGGAACACCAUAUAAAAAUCUGUCCAAAAUGAUUGGAGUGGUUGGCCCUUUUUCAAGCACUGACGGACUGACCACAGCCCCACUGUUUAUGACAGAUCUCAUUCCUGUGGUCAGUUAUGGAGCUGCUGCCUCUGCCUUCACAGAGAAGGCGAAAUUUCCUUCUUUCCUACGAACAGCAAAUUCCAAUAAAAACAUCAUAGAAGUGAUUGUUAAGAUCUUACUGCACUUCAACUGGCGCUGGGUUUCUUUCCUUACAAGUGAUAAUGAUUAUGGCAAAGACGGCCUGGACUUGUUCCGAAAGAGAAUUAAGGAUACAGAGAUUUGUCUGGCAUAUGCCAAAGGCCUCAACACCAAUACAAACUUUUUCCAAAUGUUCAAACAGAUUGAGGCACAGAGGAUACGUGUCAUUAUUGUCUUUUCUCCAAAACGGACUGCUGAAGCUGUCGUUGAGUCAGCAAUCCGGCUGAAUAUCACAAACAAGGUGUGGAUAGCAGGGGACACCUGGUCCUUAAACAAAAGGCUCCCCAAAGAGAAAGGAAUCAAAAAUAUUGGAACGGUGCUUGGGGUGUCUCAGAGUGUAGUGGCAAUACCUGGUUUCAAUGAUUUUAUCUAUUCUGUCAAAAGCCAGAAUCACUGUGAAAAUGCAGAACAACAUAUGAUCUGUAAUCAGGUUUGUAACUGCAGUAGCCUGAGUGCAGAAGAUAUCCUUGCUCUGGACCCAUCUUUCUCUUUUCCUGUUUAUUCUGCCGUAUAUGCCAUUGCUCAUGCCUUACACAACACCUUGCAAUGUGGAGUUGAUAAAUGCAAUGGAAAUAUCACAGUGUACCCGUAUAUGGUUCUCGCAGAGCUGAAGAAGUCAAACUUUACACUUUUAAACCGGAGUAUUCAGUUUGAUGAGAACGGUGACAACAAGUUUGGAUCCAUUUCUAUUGUUUUCUGGAACCACAGAGGUGAUGCAGAGGAGGUUGGCUUUUAUAAAUUUCACCCAUGGGUCAAUUUUUUCAUCAAUAACACCAAAAUUCAGUGGUACACAAAGGGACAAGUGCCUACUUCACUGUGUUCCCCAGAAUGUCCUGUGGGGUAUGCAAAAAAGCAACAUGGAAUCCACAAAUGCUGUUUCAAUUGUGAGAUCUGUCCAAAUGGAUCUUAUGUCAACAGCACAGAGGAUCCCUACAAGUGCAUCCGCUGUAAGGAAACAGAAUGGUCUGCAGAAGCAAGUACAUCAUGCACUCUCCGGGCGGUGGAGUACAUCCCAUUCACAGACCGUGGGGCUAUACUCAUCAUGGUCGGGGCCUGGGCCUUGGUGGGUCUCACAUUUGCCACAUCUGUUCUCUUUGCCAUCAACUACAACACCCCUGUUGUCAGAUCUGCUGGGGGACCAAUGUGCUUCCUAAUUUUAGGCUGCCUCGGUCUGUGUUGUACUAGUGUGUUCUUUCACUUUGGCAAGCCAACAGUUUCAUUUUGUAUCUUAAGGUUCUUGCCAUUUCUUUUGUUCUACACAGUUUGUCUUGCAUGUUUUGUUGUGCGCUCUUUUCAAAUCGUUUGCAUUUUCAAAAUAGCUGCCAAGUUCCCCAAGCUCCACAGUUGGUGGAUGAAAUAUCACUCACAAUGGCUGGUCAUCACUGUGGCAUUUCUUACUCAGGCACUCUUACUUGUUAUUGGCUAUUCUUUGUCUCCACCCAAGCCCUACAACGAAACAGUCUGGUACCCAGACAAGAUCAUACUUGGUUGUGACUUUAAUCUUAUGGCAUAUUCUGGUCCUGUGAUUUUACUUUUAUCUUUGUGCUCCCUUUGCUUCAUUUUCUCCUACAUGGGGAAAGACCUCCCAAAAAAUUACAAUGAGGCCAAAGCAAUAACCUUCUGCCUGCUCCUGCUGAUCCUCACCUGGAUCAUCUUUGCCACUGUAUACAUGCUUUAUCGUGGCAAGUACAUCCAAACUCUUAACGCUCUGGCAGUCCUCUCCAGCCUCUACUCCUUUCUGUUGUGGUAUUUCCUCCCAAAAUGUUGCAUCAUGAUUUUUCAACCCCACAAAAACACACAGCAGUACUUCCAAGGUCUCAUUCAGAAUUAUACCAAAACAAUUAGCCAGUAG